AUGGACACCCUCACAGACGAGAUCGAAGCCGUCCUCUUCGUGGCCAGGGAGGUCAUGGUCUACCAGAUCCCUCCUCAAACGACGACCGCCGGGUACAAGGCCGCCGAAUGGAACGUCGAGUCAUUCCUGUGGAAGGGAAGAUUGAGAGUCAUUGACAUUGGGAGCCGCAGUGAGCUUCGUCUGGAGGACUCGAAUACUGGCGAGCUGUUCGCCCAGGUCGUGUACGUCAGCCCUUGGAACCAAGUAGAGCCGGUGCUGGACUCUUCGCGCUACUUUGUUUUAAGAGUUGAAGGCGAAGGGGGAAAGAGAGCUUACAUCGGGAUGGGUUUCGCCGAGCGAGGCGAAGCUUUCGACUUUCAAGUUGCUCUCCAAACAGUCGUCAAGCGUACCCAGAACACCACCUCUAUCUCUGACGACCCCGAGGAACCUUCCAAGCCUGCCGCCCCUCCCAAAGAUUACUCUCUCAAGGAAGGGCAGACAUUCACCAUCAAUAUCCCUGGCAGAGAAAGAAAGAAGCCGGCUUCUAGCGGUGGCGGAGGUGGCGGUGGGCUGUUUGCGCUGCCUCCCCCGCCCCCGCCCGGGAGAAGAGGAUAG